AGCAGCAUGAAUGGGGGCUGCCACAGAGCACCUGGUGCUGGGAGCCCUUCGCUCACCUCGUGCUCCUUGCAGAAGAUGUGCUCCUGUGUGCUGAGCUGCUGCUUGGCCCUGCAGCACCUCGCCGUGCAGGCCUCCCUGCUCUGCAUCUUCCACCUGCUCCUGCUCCCGAGCCUGCCCGAGGAGCAGCCCCAGGCAGCGGGCGAGCUGCUGGCGCGCAGCCUCUUCGCCUGUGGCAUCUCCACCAUCCUGCAGACCUGCCUGGGGAGCCGGCUGCCGCUGGUUCAAAUCCCAUCGUUCGAAUACCUGGUCCCUGCCAUGGUGCUGAGCUCCCACCUGUCCCUCGCUGCCAGCACAGAUAGGAAUGGCACCGUGGCAGCCAGCGGGUGCCCUGCACCUCAGUGUGGUGCUGCAGGGAGCCAGGUCGCGUCGCUGCGCGAGGUCUCAGGAGCUGUGGUGGUCUCAGGGCUGGUGCAGCUGCUGCUGGGAGCAUCCUGCGCGUGCGGAUGGGGGUCCCGCCCAUGCGGGCCCAUGGAGGGGACCCGCAGGGAGCUGCCUGCCCCCACGCUGCGCACAUUCUCGGUGCUGCUCCCCUUUGCCAGUGUCUGCAUCAUGUGCGCUGUCCUCAGCCACCUCCGUGUGCCCUGGGACUCACUGGAGCUGCCCGGGAAGCGGCUGCCCUGGGCCAACAGCACCCUGCACUCUCCGUGGCUCCGCAUCCCCUACCCAGGCGAGGGCGGGUGGCUGCUGCUCACGCCGCGGGCGCUGGCAGUGGGCAUUGCCAUGGCCCUUGGGCUCCCGCGGGCACAGGAAGAGGCCGGCGCGUGUCCACAUCCCGCCUGACUCCUGGCCCUCGCAGGAGGGGUGCUCUGCGUGACCUAUGCUGUGGCCGUAGGCACCGGCAUCUCCUACUUCCAGUACGCAGACAUCGACUCAGGGAGGAACAUCUUCAUCGUCGGCUUCACCAUGUUCAUAGCCCUGCUUGUGCCGCGCUGGCUCAGCACUGCUCCGGCUCACCUGGCCACAGGUUGGGUGCCUCUGGACCUGUUCUUCUCCUCCCUGCUCAUGGUGCCUGUCUUCUUAACUGGCUUCUUGUCCUUCUUCCUGGAGAACACGGUCUCAGGCACCCUGCAGGAGCGAGGGCUGCUUGCCGACCUGGCAUCACAGAGAGGAGACCGCUGCCCCCGGGGAGAGAGGGGCAACAGCAGCCGCAUUUACAGGGCUCCCGUGCCGCUCUUUAUGCGCCUGACAUUUGCUCGCUGGAAAGGCCCCGAGCGCCGGGGGAAAGGAAAACAUCGCCCGCAGCAGGGCCCGCAGGCUGGCUGGGAGGAGCGCGGGGCUGCCGCCCGGCCCGGCCUCCCCCCUCUCUCUUCCGUGCCGGGGAAACCCUGGCUCUCCCGGCGCGGGCCGGGAGCGCGGGAGCCAGCGCGGGUGCCCCCAUGCAGCACGGGGUGCCUGGGGGCAGCUCUGCCUGCCGAGGCUGCCGCCGUCCCUGUCCCCGCCGGGAGGCUGCUGGCCCAGCAGCAAGCCCAGAUGGGCGCUAUGAACAUCCCAGCACGGUCACUGCCCAGCCUGGAGAUGCUGACAGGACCACGGGCAGCGAUGUCCCAUGGCUUGCUGCAGCAUCGCCAGACUCCUCUUGCAACCGUGUCUGCACCGUUCCGGGACGGCCGCUCCAGCUCGCUGCUUGUGCGGAGCCCGCUGGCGGACAAGCCCGGGGAAGCCAUGCACCCCCGGCCCACACCCCUUGGCUCCCGGUCCCGGCAGGAAUUAUUAAGUGUGCCCCUGAGGAGCAUGUGCUGA